UUUGUUGCAUACCGCUGACCACUGGCAAACCCCUCGGCCGCGUCUCAGGUAGGAGCUGUUACUGUUGACCAUCGCUCAUUUGCUUCACGUACCUGAACGUGUUUAGUACUCAACAAUGGUGAAAUUACCAGAAAAUGACAACCGUGCACUUCAUCAAGAACAUCGUACAGAACAAGAGACGUGGGAAGAGAUCUGUCAACACUCAAACCCAUACAAUACCCCGAUGACUCUGCUAGAAUUAGAAGAAUUCGCUAAGAUCGCAUCCCAUUUAAUAGCUCCUGAGUCUGAAGAUAAUACCCGACGGCGAAUCCAAAAGGCGAUGAAUAAACUCCGAGAACUUUUUAAUUUGGAAUUCAAGAUGUUUUGCGAAGUGUGUUUUACUCCACACCAACAGGAUGAACUCACUGCGCCUGAACGCUAAGUCAUAUAUUCUAUAUUGUAUAUUACUCUAUUUUAUUUUAUAACACUAUCUAUUACUUCUUUCUACUUCUAAUUCAUCUCUCUCAUUCAUGCUUGCUUUCUCUUCCUUUUUUCCUUUCUCUAGUUCAUCUCUCUCAUUUAUUCUUACUCUCUCUUUCUUUUCCUCACUCUCACUCACUCUAUCUCUCUCAUCAAACAUCAUUCACAUCAUUAUUUUCCAGCAUUUUGUUCAGUGGAUCAGAAGUAAAGUAUGUAUUUAUCUUAAUUAUAAUAAAUUAUAUUUUUAUA